AUGCAGUACAACUUCCAUGUGGUCGAGAAACUGAAGGAUGCUAAAAUUAGGCAGCAUGAAAUCCUAGUCUCGUUUGAUGUGGAAGCCCUUUUUCCGAGUAUAUCGGUCAAACAGGCCCUACAAAACUUCGAAACGUGGCUCAACAAACACCGCACCUCAACCAAGGAAAAGAGGGAGAAUCGCCAAUAUACAAAGCUAGCGUCAAUAUGUAUGAGUGAAAACUAUUUUACCUUCCGGAGUGAAUACUACAAAACCACCGCAGGCACGGCAAUGGGUAAUCCACUUUCCCCUCUACUAAGCGAAAUGUUUAUGGCAGGUCUAGAGGAACUAAUGGAACAGCGUGGGAUAACACCCACUUUUUGGGAUAGAUAUGUUGAUGAGGUACUAGCUAUCGUUGACAAAUCGCUGUUGAAUGGAUUGCUAGAAAAAACCAAUCAGCUCCAUAAAAAUAUUGUAUUCACCAUGGAGACUGACAUCAAAAUAAUUAGAAACGAGGAAGACUUCGAGUUCGAUAUAUUCAGGAAGCCCACAACCACCCAACGAGUCACAUCUAGCAGCUCUUUCCAUUCAUACCAGCAUAGAUUCCUCGUCUUCCACAGCAUGGUACAUAGAAUGCUAAACAUCCCCCUAACCAGAUCGAGAUAUAUCAAAGAACUGGCUUAUAUAAAAGACACCGCGAAAAAGAACGGACACAGCACCUACAUUAUAGACGCUAUGAUGAGGAAGAAACAGGCUGCCAAUAACAGGAAACGAUGGACGUCGUUUGCAGGCAUCAAUGAUAAGACAACAGUGAGAUCGAGUAUUACAUGCACUUCGUUGUGGCCCAGAAUUAAUAAUGCGCUUAAAGGAUUUAAAAUAGAGGCUGUUCCAACAAGCAGACAUGUGCAACUUAAAACACGACUUAGGAGCGUAAAGGACCCGAAAUCCAAGGAGGAAGAGAGCGGGAUCUAUAAAAUCACAUGCCCGAAAUGCUCCAGUAUAGAUAGGGCAGGCUAA